AUGGCUAAACUGCUAUUCAAACCAGAUGUCACCUUUAAAAAGGCUUUGAAAAACUUUUCCGAAGCGAUUCUUCCUCUCUUUGAUUUAAACCACGAAAAACAUAUUGUCCUUGUCACUGAAGUGAAAGGUGUUUUGAAGGAUUUGUUUCUUACAUUUAUUAAGACAAGAGAUGUUGGUUCAGAUAGUUACGAUUUCCAUAGUAACUUUUGUCCUGUGAAAAGAGAGGAAAAGAAUCCAAGUGUUCUCAAAAUACCAACUGAAGAACAUUAUCCAGAUAUUGCAUCCUUGGUAGGUGCAAGAAUUAUUUCAAAUAGUGACUCUAUUACAUGA